ACCGCCCCCAAACACCAGGGGCGCUGUGCCGCUCGGAUACUUCCUUUUAGUCCGCUCCGGUACACGUCAUGCAUACAGCAGCUUUAAGGUUUUGAGCAUGCGCCGUUCGAGCUCUUUCAAUAUCUGCAGUUCGAAGAGCACAGCUGAACAGCAACGAUGACGAAGAUGCUGCAUGUGUUUCUGGUCCUGGCUCUGCUCGGUCUGGGUUCAGGAGACGAGGGAGCCCGUUUACUGGCCUCUAAAUCCCUGCUGAACCGCUAUGCUGUGGAGGGCCGAGACCUCACCCUGCAGUACAACAUCUACAACGUGGGCUCCAGUGCUGCUCUCGAAGUGGAGCUGUCGGAUGAUUCUUUCCCUCCUGAAGACUUUGGAAUCGUUUCAGGAAUGCUGAAUGUCAAAUGGGACAGGAUUGCACCAGCCAGCAAUGUGUCUCACACAGUGGUGUUGCGACCCCUGAAGGCUGGAUAUUUCAACUUCACAUCUGCUUCUGUCAGCUACCUGGCCCAGGAGGGAGGACAAGUCGUGGUUGGCUACACCAGUGCCCCUGGCCAAGGAGGCAUCCUAGCUCAGAGGGAGUUCGACCGGCGCUUCUCCCCACACUAUCUGGACUGGGCUGCAUUUGGUGUAAUGACUCUGCCCUCCAUUGGUAUCCCUCUGCUCCUCUGGUACUCCAGCAAAAGGAAGUACGACUCGCCAAAGGCAAAGAAGAACUGAAGAGGCACAGCUGGGGGGAGGGGUGGGGGUGGGGGGGUGCAAGUCAAAUGGUUAAGUGGGCAAAGGAUCUCUGAAUAGCUUAAUAACCCAUAUUGGGGGUGAAAGUUAAUGGAAAGUACAGUGACCCAGGAACAUCAUCAAACAAGCAGCAUGAUUAAAACAUCUUUCAGUCAAGGAGUAGGAGAGCAGCUUUAGUGUGAUUACAAAACAAUGAGCAUCUACAGAAAAGCUUACUGUUCUCGUCUACAGCCUGAGCUUCACCAGCUGCUUGUCAUUCCUUCAUAUUUGCAGAUGGGUUCAUGUGACAACUUACAUUACAAUUACAAUGGCGGUUACAACUGUAACAGGUUUUUGUACUUUUGUAGUUAUGUGUGUGUAAUGAACUGAAGUCGGAUUUGAAGUUUAGAGCUAGUUGUUGAACUUCUAAAUAAAUGAAUAAAAACAAGCUGUGUUUUUUCUAAA